CGGAACGAAAUAAAGGAUAUUACUUUUAUGUGCUUUGACUUCAGGAGCAAGCCAUUUUUUAGAGUUCCGUUAUUUGUGGACCUAAUGAUUUCAAGUUUUCGUAAAUUGUGCUUGUGACUUCCUGCCAAAUUUGAAAGUGGAGAUUGUACUGUGUGUUUAUGAUCUUUGGUAUAACUGUCAUUUUGAUCUGCAGCAGUUCAUAGUUGCUGAGGCACAUUGAAACCGGUGAAGUGGUGAUGUGAAUGUAGUUUUAAAAUAAGCGUAGUGGCAUAUACUCUGUGAAAAUGGAAGACGAACUAUAUGGAAUUAGUGCUGGCACUGCUGUUGACAUUCAGCGAACUGAUGGGCGUGUACACGCCGCUGUAGUUUCCGGGGUAAAUCUCCAAACUCGUAGUGUGACGGUAGAAUGGAUAGAGAGAGGAGAGACGAAGGGCAAAGAGAUUGAGAUUGAUGCUAUCCUCUCCCUCAACCCUGGACUUACAAACAAGGGCAGAGAUGACACUACCUUCAUCCCUCACAAACUGCAACGAAGUGCUACAAGGGCUUCAGUAGGUGGUCAAGCUCAUAGAGAACGAGCAUUACGCAACAAACAAGGUGGAAGGCUCACAAAUGUUCCAACAGUAAAUGGACAUGGGGAUACACACAUCCAAAGAGGAUUAGAAAAUAUUGCUCCAAACCCAGCUAAUUUAACUGCACGACAACACACUAUGCAGCACCAACAAUUAACAGCAUUGCAGCAACAAAAGCAACAACAGCAGCAGUUAAUCCAACACCAGUUACUAGUUCAACAACAACAGCAGCAGCAGCUACUGCAACAACAACAACAACAACAACAGCAGCAGCAGCAACAACAGCAGCAGCAGCCUGCAACAGUUGGAAAUACAGGAGCUGGUAAAUUUCGCCGUAGUAAUGUUGUGAAAGAAGUUGAAAAAUUAAAAAAGAACAGAGAUGAAAGGAGGCAGCGUCAAGCUGAACUUAAAGAAGAGAAAGAACUACUUAUGAAUAUGGACCCAGGGAAUCCAAACUGGGAGUUCCUCGCAAUGAUAAGGGAAUACCGGAGUAGCAUUGAAUUUAGACCUCUGCGAGAAACCGAUCCUGUUGAAGACCACCAGAUAACAGUGUGUAUUCGGAAAAGACCUCUAAAUAAGAAAGAAAUGAACAGAAAAGAAGUUGAUGUUAUCACUGUCCCUACAAAGGAUCAGAUGGUAGUCCAUGAACCUAAAACUAAAGUUGACCUUACAAAAUACUUGGAAAAUCAGAUAUUCAGGUUUGACUACGCAUUUGAUGAAACCUGUUCCAACGAACUUGUUUACAAGUACACUGCGAAACCUUUGGUGCAAACAAUUUUUGAAGGAGGGAUGGCAACUUGCUUUGCUUAUGGCCAAACAGGUAGCGGAAAGACACAUACAAUGGGUGGAGAUUUCCACGGAAAAACCCAAGACUGUACAACAGGGAUAUAUGCAAUGGCAGCAAAAGAUGUUUUUAAUUUUCUGAGGUCCUCAAAAUACAAGCCUUUGAACUUAAUGGUGUCUGCCAGCUUUUUUGAGAUAUAUAGUGGCAAAGUAUUUGACCUCUUAGCCAAUAAAUCAAAGUUGAGGGUUUUAGAAGAUGGAAAGCAGCAAGUACAAAUAGUUGGUCUGACCGAAACAGUAGUUGACUCUGUGGAAGAAGUUCUCAAGUUAAUACAGCAUGGAAAUAAUGCAAGGACAUCUGGACAGACAUCAGCAAAUACGAAUUCUUCGCGAUCGCAUGCUGUUUUCCAAAUUGUUUUGAGGGUAACAGGAAUAAAUAAAGUUCAUGGGAAAUUCUCCCUCAUAGAUUUGGCUGGCAAUGAAAGAGGAGCAGAUACUUCAUCGGCUAAUAGACAGACAAGGAUGGAAGGUGCAGAAAUCAAUAAAUCCUUAUUAGCAUUGAAGGAAUGUAUAAGAGCCUUAGGAAAGAAAGGGGCUCAUCUUCCAUUUAGAGCCAGCAAAUUAACACAGGUUUUGAGGGAUUCAUUUAUAGGAGAAAAGUCCAGAACAUGCAUGAUAGCGAUGAUAAGUCCUGGCAUGAGUUCCUGUGAACAUUCCCUGAACACUUUACGUUAUGCUGACAGAGUAAAGGAACUAAAUGCAACUGAUCUCACUGAAACAAAAGUGUCACCAAGCGAAGAAGAAACUAUGAGAGUCGACGACAACUUAGAAGAUAGUGACCUUGCGCAGCUGCGAUCAUUAAAUGCUGAAGAAAUCUCUGCAGAUUUAUACACAUUCCACGAAGCUGUUUCGCAUCUUCAGAUGUUAGAAGAAGAAGUUAUUGAUACACACAAACAUUUGUUAGAGUGUAACCCACACUGGCAUCAUGUGGCUGAGAAGCUUUUUGCGCUUACAAAUGAAGUGGAUUAUGACCAAGACGAUAGUAUCACUGCCACACGACAUGCAGGAAUUACCCACAAUGCUUUAUUUGCUUCCCCUCACAACAAAGGCAAUUACACAAAGAAAAGAGAUUGGCAAAAUAGAAAGGUAUUCAGAAUUGAUUCUCAGAUAUCUCGUAACCUUAAACGUCGGAAGUCCCUCGAGCGACUCUUUGCUUAUUCAAAGCAACUUGAUCAGCUCCUAACGCAGGAAAUUGAAGCACUGAUAAAGUGCAAAGAAAAAGUAGCAGCGUUCAGAGCACAGUUAGAAGCCGAAGAACUCAUAAGCCAGAAAAUAAAGCGCCCUGUUCGACAUAAUUAAUUUUGUAAAUCAUUUUGAAGGGUAUUCCGUAUGGCCCAAGAAUGAACUAAAAUUUUUAAUUUAAUUUUAUACAUAUGUACACCCCUUAAUUUUUGUGUAUUUUGAAGGAUCAUCAAACAAUCUGUAUUAUGUAACCCAUUCAUCCUUUAAACAUAGGACGCUUAAUAAUGAUAAUUUUAAAGCUCCAUGUUACAUUUCAUUAUCCUAGUUAGUUUGAAAAAUAACAGUUUUAAUACUCGGAAGCAAUACAUUGUUUCAUUGUUUGGCAUAAAAUGAGCAUGACGUGAUAUGUCCAUUCACUGAACAACAUAUUUUUUACCAUUGAUUGUAAUUUUUUUUCUUAUAUAUAUGUAUGUAAAUUGCAAAGUUUCUUCCCUAUGUUCUCCUCUCUUUAUACCCUGUUCCUUGUCAUUCUUCCACAGAAUAUAUAUACAUGCGUAAUUUUUUGUCCUUUGUACAGAAUGAGUUUUUAUAGAAAAUACAGAAAUUCUUUUCUCA